AUGGCAGCAGUUACAAAAUCCACAGUUCCUACAAGGAGGGAGGCUGCUGCAGAGAUUAUACAAGCUGCAAGAAGAGGAUCCUCUCAGGGAGGUUCUAAUUCCAUGUUUGUACAGUUUGCUACUCUAGUUGAUCAUCUAAUACGGUUGUGCUUCCAUCCAGGCCAAUCAAAGACGAGAACAAUCAAUAUAUCAACCGAAUUUAGUGCCUUGAAGAGGAUGAUGCCCGUGGAAAUCAUUAUGCCAACCCAGAAAUCCCUUACAGUUAAUCUACCUUCAUAUGAUGUGAAUAUUACUGAUUCUGGAACAUCUGAUAUCUUCUCGUACACUGAUCUGCCUACAAUAUCUGGAAUAGUGGAAGAGGCUGAGAUCCUUUCCUCUCUUCAACGUCCAAAGAAAGUAAGACUUUUGAGUAGUAAUUUAUUUCUGUGUCCUUUUUCUUUCCCUGGUCUCUGGUUUCUUGGCCAAAUCGUUAGUGUAUUUUCCUAUUUCCAGUUGGGGCUGCACUAA